AUGUCUCAAAUCACAUAUAUGAACUACGCCAAAGACGGUCAACAUGCUUCCUUUCAGAACACCACUACUACGACUACACAAUGGUACACCACCGCGACGAGCAAGCCGGCAGCCUCAACUCAGCUCUUGCGCAAAGGUUCAGGAAAAGGAUCGGUGCGAAAGAUCGCAAAGAACAGGGACCCGUUCACGCCGAUGAGCAGCAACGUCUCUCCCGCGACGAGCAUCUCGCGAUCGUCCUCGGCGUCGUCUACGAAUACAAAGACAUUCGCGAGCAGUGGUGCGGCAGCAAAAUCGGCCGCCGCGAGGAAACCUGCCGCUGCGCCGAAAGUGAGUCGGCCACAGGUUAUUGCAGAGGCACCGUUGUCGACGCCGAGGGUGGGGCAGGCUGCUGCUGCUGCUGCUGCGAGUGAGCAUGAGAAUGCUGAUGAGCCGCCGCUUUUUGUUCGGAAAAUCAGAGCGAGUGAGCGGAGGAACGGCAGCAUUCGUCGGAGGUCCUUGAGACUCGACAUCCCGCAAACCGACCGGAAAGAAUCAUGGUUCAAAAACAUCCCCCACAUCUCGUCAUCAAUCAGCUCCUCGUUCCGCCGGCAAGUCUCAAAGUCGCGACCGCUGCCGAUCGAAUUCCUCGACCACAGCUGCCUCACGUCAUUUUCCGAGAUCCUGCCCGGCACCGCUUCGCCCAGCGUCGGCUCGCCGAGCGAGGAGGAAAUCGACGAGCUUGACUCUGAGCACGUCGCGUAUAGUCUCGCGUUCGUGGAGGAUUAUAUAGAACCGCCGGUUGGGUUUUCGGUCACGCAGGAGACGGUUGAUGUGCUCUCGCCUUUGGAAACCAGUCAGCGAUGUCAGAGUUGCAACGGCAAGUUUUCAGGCACGGUGCUCGAGCUGUGCGAGUGCUGUCAGACAGUGCUGUGCAAGGAGUGCUUCGGUCCUUUAGUCUUCUCGUUCCAGUUCCCGCGAGUUGACAAGGCGACCGGCAAACGGAUCCAGACUCCUGAUCCGAACCGACAACAGCGCAUCAAGGAGCUUUGCCAGCGAUGCAUGAAGUGCUGCGCUGGUCCCAAGAAGCGAGACUAUUGCCGCCUGAAAGAGUUUGGCCAGCAUUACAACGUCGCUGGGGCGUCUGCUGAUGCUGCUCCAGAUCACCAAGCAAUCUCAAGAGUCGCAGUCGACAGAACCCCAGCCUCUCUAGCGCGGCGCCACAGAACCUCCACCGGCUCGCGCUACAGCAUGCACCAGCGGCAACUCACGCAGCUCUCGAUCCAGAUCGCGGGCGUGCACGCCGCCGGCGGCGGCGGGCCCGGCUGGACGGCGAAGAUGGCGGCGUUUUUUUAUAAAGUGACGACUUCGUUCACGAUCUGGAGUCAGCCGCUGCGGAUUAAUGGGUUUUUCUCGUGGGCGGAGGAGAGUAAGCGGUCGAGGAUCGCGUCGCCUGAGCUCGAGGACGAGGAGCAGUGA